AUGCAUGCAUUGUAGACUACACAAAUUAUUACUACUAAGCUUAGUGAGUCUGGUUAAGUACACUGUGCUAUGGCUUCUCAAUAUGCCUUGUGCAUGGCUCUUUUCUUGUUGAUCAUGGGAAUUCUGCUGCCCUCCGAGGUUUCCUCGUCUCGGUCCGGACCGCACCUCGGAAAAACCAUGUUCGAAAGGCAUCAAGAAUGGAUGCUUCAGCACGCUCGGGUGUACAAAGAUGCCAUGGAGAAAGAGGCGAGGUUCAAGAUUUUUAAGGAAAAUGUGGAGCGUAUCAAAGCUUUUAAUAGCGAUCCAAAUAGAGGAUUUAAACUAGCUGUUAAUCACUUUGCCGAUUUAACCGAUGAGGAGUUUCGAGUUAUUCAUGCCAGUGGUUACAACAGAAGCAUGAUAAGGACAGCGCCGUUCUCGGGUUCCUCAGUAAGGCCGGAAUUUAACUAUGGACGCCGUAAUAAUUUUAAGUAUGCAAAUGUACAGGGGGUUCCGCCUAGUGUGGACUGGCGAGACAAAGGGGCAGUCACGCCUGUCAAGAAUCAAGGAUCAUGUGGUGACUGCUAUGCAUUUGCAUCUAUUGCUGCUGUAGAAGGUCUUAAUGCAAUUGCAACUGGACAACUAGUCUCAUUAUCUGAACAAGAGAUACUGGACUGUGACCAAUCAAACAACCACUGCAAUGGUGGUGCCAUGGAGAACACUUACGACUUCAUUGGGGAAAAUGGUGUCACCACCGAAUCAGAGUAUCCGUACAGAGAACAACAAGGCUACUGCAAAAAUGCUGCGUCAAAUCCAGCUGUUCAGAUCGGUGGAUACGAAGAUGUUCCUAGAAACAGCGAAACUCAAAUGCUUUUAGCUGUGGCGAAUCAGCCCAUUUCAGUUGCUGUCGCUGGUGGUGAUUAUUACUUCAGAUAUUACAACAGUGGUAUUAUGGAUAUGGAAUGCAGCACGGGCACUGAUCACGCGGUUGCAGUUGUGGGCUAUGGUGCGACAGAUGACGGACGUAAGUAUUGGAUUGCCAAGAACUCCUGGGGCACAAACUGGGGAGAAAAUGGAUAUAUCUACCUAGCCAGAGAUGUUGGAGAUCCUCAAGGCCUCUGUGGCAUUGCCACUAAUCCGGCGUACCCUACUAUGUGAAAGGGCUGGAACAUACAUAUGUUAUCCUCGUCAUAAUUAUUCUACACUAAGCUCUUAUAUAUGGUGUAUAAUUCUAUUAAUGAAAAUGAGCAUGGCUCCAUGUGCAAAUUAUAUAUGAACAUGUGGAUCCUAAACAUAGGUGCUCACCACAAUACUUGUACCUUCAUAAUUUCUUCAGAAACGACAUUGCCCUGGAGAGUGGCCAGUUAUAGAAAAACUAUCUUCUUCCGAGUCCAAAAGUCGAGCCAAUAUAGACCUUUUAUCAGCAAUUCAAAAACUAAUGAUAUACUCUACAAAUUGAUGCAGUAAA